AUGAGUGAAAACAGCCCGCCGCUCGACGCCGCGCCACGCCGCGCCACGGCCAGCGCCGCCGCUCUUCCCUCAGCCUCAGGGAGACACGGGCCGCUCGUAAUUACCGCCCAAGUAGCGCGCUGGCUGCUUUUUAGCAGCAGUGGUGGCUGUGAGGCGGCAGCCGUAGGCGUGUGCCAGGGAGCACGUGCAGCGCCCCGCGUGUCGGUUACUGUGUCAGCCAGCGACCUACCUCUCUGGGCUGCGCCGCGCGGCGCGGCCCGCAUGCUGAUGGCGGCAGAGGCAAAGCCAGAGGCCGCUCACCCAGCCGUAGCCCCGCGGGUCUCAGCGCCGGGCCGCCUCAAGUCGCAGCUACUGCUGCCCGGCCCGAAGAAACCACCAUCAGUUGACCUGAAGUGGGUUAAGCCGCAAGAAGCGGACGCGGCGUCACGGCGCGCUGCUAAGUGGCCCGCGGCUGUACAAAGCCUGCGCUGCCGACCCGCUUCCGCACAGCCCGGCACAUACGGUACGUGCCGCUCGGAGAAAAACUCGCAGACCUCACAACCGGGACACGCGAUCGUUAAGAGUGAAAUCAUACCAUCUGUGCCGCAAAAGGGACUAAAGCAGUCUUCACCGCCAAGUGAGAAAGAGCGGUUGGAGUUUAAAGAGGGCCGCGCUCCACCAGCACCAGCCGCAGCGGCAGCGGCAGCAGUCUCCGCCUCAGGUGGUGGUCGGCAGCAGCAAGCGCAGCGCCGCCACGCCGACGCCGACGCCCCCGCCGACGCUGCCUGCCGGUAG